GGCCUCCCCAGAAGCCCUGUGGCCAUGACGCAGCUGCUUCUGCUGAUUGUGGCCCUCCUGGUCCUGGGUCAUGUGCCACCAGGGAGAAGUGAAUUCAAGCGGUGCUGGAAAGGCCAAGGGGCCUGCCGAACUUACUGUACGAGGCAUGAAACCUACAUGCACAUGUGCCCAGAUGCCUCCCUGUGCUGUGUCGCCUAUGGAAUCAGGCCUCUGCCCUCUAAGACUGAAUCUGUGUAGCUGGUUCUGGGCUG